AUGUCAUCUUUCUCAAGCAAUCCACAUCUGCUGACAAAAGAAAAAUUAAAAAGUGCUCUAAAAGCCAAUGGAAUCCCACUACCGAAAACCGAGCAGAAAAAAGCUUUCUACGUCGAGCUGUAUUUGCAGAGAUUGACCUCUCAAAAUGAUGACGAAUAUUCCUCGGACGAGUCUGAAGGAACAUCGGAAUCUUCCCCGAUCGGAGCCCAUAAGGUACGUAAUAUAAACAAAAUCCAUUGAUUAAUUCUGCAGCAAUAUUAAAUAUUUAAGCCCUUAAGUUGACUUGUGUAUUUCUGGGUCUGUAUUCUUGUAUUGUACCUGUGCUGCGCGAGGCGUCUGUGGUUUUGGCGGUUUGUAAACUCGCAAUUUGAAAGUUGCUGUGAUUUGUUGUCAUGAACAUUUUUAGCAGGUGCAGCUUUGUUUGUUUUUGUACGGGGAUUCGUAUAUUCUUUGAGGAUGUCCUUUCAUACGAGAUAAUUUUUAGCGUUUCUUUGCGCUAUCGAUAAUUCUUGCAGCUGUGUCAUUUUUUGGAGUACUUUUGAUCACCUUUAAAUGGCUUCCGUACGGUCUAUGGUGAUGUUUUGAAUAAUAUUUUAUUCAGCUCCAAAUGGCUCACCUUAGGGACUCAAGCUAUUAGGAGAUAGCAUCGUUUGGUUAUCAUAGUAUUUCUAUUUAGAGCUGAAGCAUUUCUUGAUUUGAAAAUGCCAGACCAGGUGAGUUGGAAGUUUCAGUAUAAAUUAUAUUAUAUACUAUUUCCUCAGUUCCUUUAUUAUGAAAUUACUAUCCGUUGUCGCUAAAUGGAUUCUUUGAACCACUUUGCAUAGCUGUGAAUGUAAAUAUUAAUUACCGUGCAUGACACAAUUUUUUUAAAUUGAGAAUUAAAAGUAUGUAUAUAUUUAGCUGUUUAUUUAUGUUAUUUUUUCUCAAGUAUUUGGGCGAAUUUUUCAAAACCUUUAUCAUAUCUGCCGGUUCUUUAACAAAGUUCUGUGUUAAAAUUUGAAGAAAAGGUUAUUAUUACGUGAAGUGUAUUAUAUCACCACUAUCAGUGUGAACUAGGUUUGCUUAACUGUGAACAAUGAAAUUAAAGUAAACAAUCCCAAACCAAAUCUAAAAAUUGAUAGCAGAAAUUUUGUUCCUCAGAAAAGGCAAAAAGGUGGUUAUUGAGAUAUUUCAGUGACUUCUUUUGAAUGUUGCAUUUCCAAAAUGCAGUCAUAACAAGGUGAUACAUGACCACUAGUCGUUUUUUAAGGUGGCCCUUCUUUUGUUAUUAUCGUACAAUUUUGGUGUUAACUCUAGUCAGCCCAGUGCUUGAGAAUCAGUUUACAUUGUUAUAUAUAAACCAUAAACUUGAGACUUAAAACUUGAAACAUGAAAAAUUGAGUUUUCCCAGUCUGAGGAGAACUGAUUUCCUAAGGAUGGUUGUUUUCCCAAUAGAGAGGAAUUAUCUGUUUGAGACAGAUAUCCUUCUUAAUAGACCUAUAAAUAAACAUACAAAGGGGGCCAAUGAAGACAAUCCUAUUCUCAGAUUAAGAUGGAUUAUCUUUUUGAUUCAGUUUAUCUGAUUUAUAAUCUAUCUGAGAUGGAAAAUCAGUAUCUAGUGUCAAAAUGACUGACAAUACCAUACUUUAGUGCACAUUAAACUUAGAGUUUCUCUCAAUUUCUCUUCCUUUUUAAAUGUACAUGUCUCAGUAGUUAUAUCCCUGUUUUUCUCUCUUAUCCAAAUUGUACUUAUCCAAAUUGUACAUGUAAUCUCACUUUCAGAAACUUCCUGCUAAGCCAGCAAAAAAGAUAGUCUUAAACAAAAGGGUAAAAGGUGGACUUCCCUAUGAUGUGUCUGCUCUGUCAGAUGGCGAUCUUGCCAGGCAGCUUAAAUCCUUUGGAGCCACAAUUGGCCCAAUUACAGAUUCCACUCGAGUCCUUUAUCAGAAGAAGCUUGGUAAGUCUGUGGCCGAGCUUUUCUUUUACAUGUAUGUGAAAUAUAUUCCUUCCCCUUUUUUGUAUCACAGUUGAGCCCCUGAUAUUGAGGCACUUGCAUUAAAGAUUUUGUGUGAAAAACACUGAUAUAUCUUUGGGCUCAUUUCUCAGUAGUCUUGGUAACUAAAGCAAAAUAUCAAAUCAAACUCAAAGGAAUAAAACAUUGAUCCUAGCUUGCAAACCAGUUCAUUUUGUUUUUUUAACUGAUAGUGUGAUCACAUUAUCUGCAAAACUGUUGAACUCUUGACCUUGAAUGCAAACACCCUGGCUUUCCGUUGGGGUAAUUACUGGGUUUUUCGAGAAACAGACCUCCCUAUCUGGGUCUAAUACAUGUGAGUUGAGCUGCUCUCCACUCAGUUCUAACUUUUGAGUCUGUUGAUUAACUCUUUUGGCUUAUACAUUCAAAUGAAAUUCUUUGACAGAAAUUUUUGGGAACACUGUGUUCUUUGUUUUUUUGGGAUUUACUUUUGGUGUCCUUUCAAUCCAUAUUCAGCCUUCUAUGCCCCCCCCAAAAAAAAAAAAACAUGAAAUAUAAAAUUUUUUUUGUUUUCUAUCUAAAAGAAGUGACAUCUAUAGGCAAAAAUGAUGCUCUUCUUGCUUUGAGUGUGACAUUGUCUUGUCAACAUUACACAAGUACACAUUCCUUGUGGAUGGAACCUGCAAAAAUACGCUGUUGUUAGUAAUAUUUUAUAAUUUGCACUGUAAUGGAAUGUUAUAGUCUGAUCUUAGUUUGCACAUGUUCUUUGAGACCCCUAGGCCUGCAGACAGGCAAGCUCACUGUCAGACAGAGUUUUUCCUUUCUUACUGCUGGAUUCUUAUCCUGUCUGGUGUAUAUUUGUCUGAGCUUGACAUAAUUUAUGCAGUGCUACACUCUCUCUAGUGUAUUGUGUAAUUUUCUGUUUCUCCACUUAACACAUAAUAACAUAUACAUUCUCUCAGUUAUUGAUAUGUUCCUGAAAAAGAGAGGAGCACAUCUAGGUUAACUAAAUAUUGUGUUCCUUAACUCAUGACCCUCAUACUACCUGACUGCUGACCCCUGAUUUGCUCCUGUGUCCACUUGAUAGAGUUAUUGUAUAUUGCACUUCAAAUUUCCUACCUACAGCAGGGUUGUCAUUAAGAGCCGCGGGCCGGUGAUUUUCCCCUGGCUACUAGGAGAGUAGCCCCCGGCUACUUUUAUUGGAAAAUAGAAGAAAAAUAGAACCAAAAGAAAUCCCUUGCUGUUUGAUUCCCUGCCUACUUGUUGUAUUUACCCAGCAACUUGAAAUCUUAAAGUGACAACCCUGCGACAGUUAAUUUUGAAAAUCAGCUUAACCAACCGAUAAGUUAGUUAUCUGCUAGCAGGUUACUGACUUAUCUGUAGGUUACGUUUGGCAUUUUCAGAUAUCAAGAAAACCUCAUCCAAUAUUUAUAACGUCAGCCUGAAAAGGAAUGAUAAAUGUCUUUCUUAUUACAGGCCUCUCCCGUUUCGUGCUACCAGUUGCUCACAUGGCUGUUUUCUUUUGCAUGUGUUUCUCUCGUCUGUCCAAGAAAAAAGUGCCUAGUUUUAAUUUUUCUCCUUGCAGCUAAGUUGCUGACCGAGGAACUGGAAGCUCCUGCCAGUAAAUAUUCCCCCAAACAGAAGAAGACCUCGCCACCAAAACCCCAGAGGAGAAUGGAACAUGCAGAUUUCUCUGAUGGGUAUGAUGCUGAUGAUGCCUCAACAGAGGAGCUGGAUGUGGAAACUGCUGAACGUCUGACUUACAACCACGAACAGCAAGGUACAUAGCAUUGCUGAUCACUGAUAGAGCAAUUUUUCCUCCAUGUUUGAUCAGCCUUUUUAACCGAACAGUAUGCGCUUUAGGUUUAGCAGUUGUUUAUCAAACUCGCUGUAGGUGGGCAAAAUUUUAAAAUUCCAUCUCUCCUCUGAAGAGGUUCCCACUGAGUCUUCCAAAAAAAUAGCACCCUUCCCUGCAUGCUUUCAUUUUUCCCUCUCCCCAGCACCCAUGGACAAGAAGAGGCCCAUGUUAGGGAGGGGAGAGUAAAAUUCCUGUCCUCUGCCUCUUCUUCUGUCGACAUACUUACGAUGGAAAUUACGACGAUAUCCCGAUGAUUGACGAAAACAGACGGCAAUUUUCGGAAGAGUGUCUUUCCCUUGAAGCAUCGCGGGUAAGGUGUCAAGGUUUUAGCCAGAGGGGUGUCCAGUUAUCCUAUGCACGCCCGUUUUUGGAAGAAAUGCAAGGAAAAUUCACUUAAUCUCUUGAAAUUUUAUGGGAAAGCAGACCUUCUGGACGGCCAGUUUUCAAUGUCUGGCUAAAAGCCUGUGUGGUAUUCACCUAAUAAAAUUGAGAAUUUGUAAAUGACUCCCUUUUCAAUGCACUUCUGCAUCUUGCAAUUGCCAACAUUGAUCCAUUGUCCACUGGGUGGGGAGGGGGGUGGGGAGGAGCUUGACUCUAUUAUUAUAUAGUAGUUGCUUUUUCUUAUUUGAAUUGCUUGCAUUGCAGACCAUCGAGACUCUCCACCUCCCCCUGAGUUACCAUCUCCUGCCUACAAAUCCACACCAAGGAAAAGAAUCACAACGAGUACAAUUACCACACGGCAGCAUAGACGACAUGACAACAAAGGUGAUCACGCAGCAUUUAACGGCCCCGAGCAAACUGAUUCGGUUGAAGUUAUCGCAGUGAAAGAGCCAGCUAAGGUGGCAAAAGAAGAAACCAGUAUUUGUGGUCCUCACAUUCAAAUUUUACUUGCAGUUUUAGUGUUUCUUGUGUUCAUAUCAUUUUUAGUUUAUUCUCUCAUGGAGGAUACACCUCGGGAAACGUUGAAAGAAGUGGAGUGAAGCCAUGGCCAGCACCAGAGGUUUAGUGUAUUUAUAUUCAGGAACAUGUGGUAAUUGUAUCAAAAACGAGUAUGGGUGUGAAACAUCCAGAUACGGGUUAAAUGGCGAAGCCGAGUUUUUCUUAGAUGUUGGGGCAUCUAUUGAAACAAACUUUUUUAGUGUUAGAUAUGCUGUUAAGUCUCUCCGUUGGGGAGGGCACUUGGAAUCAACGUGAAGAGACUGUAGAUGGUGGAAAUUGGCUCUGUCUGGUAAUGCAGGCCUACAUUUAGUGUACACUGAGUAAUUUUUAAAAGGGACUUAUAUUCGACCAGGUCACAGUUUAGGUCAGAAAAGUUGUCGUUCGGGCAUACAUUUUGUUGACUUUUAAUUUCGCAUUUUAGUUAUUUUGCACUUUAUAUUUAGGGUUUUGAAGUUGUCAGUUUUCUUUAAUUCUCUUUGUUGCUAUUUAUCGCGGGGUCUUUUGUGGCACAACAAGAAGCGAGUAUUUAAUCGGUUUGCUUAAGUUUAAAAUGCAGUGCGACAGUACUGUGCAAUGUGCAUGAGAAUUUUGGUUUUUUAGUCUCACAAACUGAUAAAGACUGGAUCGGAGAGAUCUCCGUAGAAACGGAGAAAAACGAACGGCCAAAAGUUUUAGUUUUAUACAUUGAUGUUGUUGUAAAAAAAAAAGCGCGGCUUCGACUUAAUUCGUUUGAAUGUUUGCUGAGUGUUGUGUUGAUGGUUUUGCGUUAGUAUGGUUUAUUUUCACCAUUUCAAGAGAGCAAACACGUUAAAAUUGAACUUUAUGAUGUUGAAGGUAAAAGCAGCAUUCUAUGAAUGUAUGAUAAGGCCCGGUUCAGACGCCAAACUAUUCAUGAGCCUCGAACCUAAUUCGAAUUAUGGCCGACCCAAAUUAUUUAGACCGGCUGAAUUGAUUCAGACGCCGAUCUUAAUUGCAGCUGAAGUAAGUUCAAAAGGCGAAAAAUGCUCAUUUCGGUCAAACUGCUUACAAAAAACGUUAUAAUAAUUUAUGCAUUUGAUUCGGUACAUGAAAAGUUCGGUGUCUGAAUCAAAGCCGUUCCAAAGUCGCUCCAAAGGCGAAAUUCCCGGCCGGGUUAGGCGAAAAGAACGGCUGAGCCGUUCCAAAUUGAAGCAGGCGUUCCUAACUGAUUCAGACGCCGAACUUUUCAUGGACUUAGUUCGGUUCAUGAAAAGUUUGGCGUCUGAACCGGACCUAAGAUUUUCUGUACCCAGCCCCCUUGAGCUUAGACUACGAGUACUUAUUAUAGGAAAUUAACGCUCCAUGAAAUUAACGCGAAUCGUUGAAAUUCGCGUUAAUUUAAGUCGUGUUAAUUUUGUUGAGCGUUAAUUUCCGCGACGUUAAUUAAGUGCAGUGUUCAUUUCCGCGCUCUUAAUUUCCAGUAUUUUAACCCCAAUUUUGGAACCUGUCCAGACAUUCUUGACACCUAAAAAACAUUACCUACAAGCUUUCUUUCUUUCCAUUUACCCUUUAUGUUUCAUCUUUCACAGAAGCUAACGCGAAGGUUUACAAUAUUAAUAUUUUGUUAAAUUUGUUUCCAGUUGUCACCACCAACCGUGUCUUAAUCGCGUUAAUUUCCUUUAUUAUGAAACUCUACCUCCUCUUUCGCGUUAAUUUUCUUUAUUCGAAAGUCGUUUGCCAUUAAAUUCGCGUUAAUUUAAGUCGCGUUAAUUUCCAAUACCUUAAUUUCAUGGAGCGUUAAUUUCCUAUAAUAAGGUAGUCCCCACUUUUCCUCAAGGAUAGUAGAGCGAGCGAAACGCGAGUGCGUGUGAAAAUCACCCCACGCGAGAAAAGGCGACACGCGGGCGGCGGGAAUUUUCGGUGUUGGCCGAAGGCCGAAGCCGCGAGAAAAAACACGCGUGUCAAAACCACGCUACAAAAGUCUCUGACACCCAGGGUACCCCUGAGCAUGCUCGCAGGCUGUAUGUCAGUUGUAUCAUGUUAUUUUGAUAAUGUAACAACUCAAAAAGUUGUCCCAGUGAGGUACACUUUUUCUCAGAGGAUGUAUAUUAAAAUCAGUUGUAUUUUUCGCCGAGUAUGGUGUUAAGAAUCAAUCUGAGUGCGCAAAGCAAAGUUAUUGUUAUAAGUGAGCCUGGAUGGUGUGCUAUAGAAAACUUGAACUGUAGAGGGUGUAGUUUUAAAUUCCUUUCAAUAAUUUUAGAAUAAAUGUUUCAUGCGAUUUUGUCAAAAAUUACACAAAAUUAGUAAGAUUCUGUG